UUUGCAUGGAAAUGUAUGUAAAUAAAAAUGCGUUGGUCGUGGAGUGUACUAUGGCUGGCAGUGCUAUACACGGUUACUGCGGAGGACUACGCCACGGAUGAGUCCAUAAAGGUGUUUCAACGAUACCUCCAGAUCAACACUACUACCAAUAAUGAUCUAUCUGAAGCGGUAGAGUUCUGGAGGGCGCAGGCAGCGGCCGAGGGUGUAGAGAUGAAAGUGCUGACCUUUAAGGAGGGGUACCCCGUGCUGGUGUUGCGGUGGCCCGGCUCCGACUCCUCGCUCGGCAGCAUCAUGCUCAACUCUCACAUGGAUGUCGUGCCUGCUCAUGAAGACGAAGGGUGGACCUACCCCCCGUUCUCCGGUCAUCUCGAUGAAAACGGCGUCAUCUGGGCCCGAGGCACUCAGGAUAUGAAGUCCGUGUCUAUACAGUACCUGGAGGCUCUCAAACGGUUGAAAGCCAAAAAUGUCUCUCUCCUCAGAGAUGUGUACAUGACGCUUAUGCCUGAUGAAGAGAUCGGCGGUGACUAUGGAAUGAAACCUUUUCUAUUAAGCGAUGAGUUCGCGCAGAUGAACGUUGGUGUGGCGUUUGACGAAGGAGGAUGCUACGCCCUGCCCUUCAGCCCUGUCUUCUACCAGGAUAAAGUGCCAUGGCAAAUCCAAGUUGAUUGCUACGGUACUUCGUCCCACGGCUCACAGUUACCGGCGACUAAUGUCACCGCUACUGGCAUGUGUCGCAAUGUGAUGGAUAAGUUGUUUGAGUUCAGAGACGUGGAGUACGCCAAAUAUCAGAGCACGGGACUGCUAAACCUCGGAGUUUUCACAUCCGUUAACCUGAACAAACUUAAUGGUGGCACAGCCAACAACAUUAUACCGAGCCACGUGAGUCUCGUGUUCGACAUUAGACUUAACAUUACCCUUAACGAGGAGGCCUUUGAAGCACAGCUGAACGAAUGGAUAAGUGAGGCAGCAAAUGGUGGCAAUAUCACGUUGUCGUACAUUUUGAAGGACAAACAGUCACCGGCAACUAAGACCACAUUGGACAACCCUUACUGGACCACCUUCACAGAGGUCGCAAUAAGAAAUCAAUUACCAAUCGCUGCCAUGGUACCGCCCGGGUCAACAGACUCUCGGUACAUCCGUCUGGCCGGCUACCCUGCCUUCGGGUUCUCCCCCAUGCCCAACACUGACCUACUCAUGCACGCAGUCAACGAGCGACUCAGCGCUCCCACAUUCCUGCGGGGCAUCGACAUCUAUGAGGAUCUGAUAAAAAGCGUCGCCAACAUAGCUGGAAACAUGACAAACGCAGAUCCCAGUGUAUACAUCGUUAAAACUGCACAUUGA